CGAAAACAUCGGGAGUACUCGUCUCACGCAGAAUCAAUGACUCCGCGUUGAACGCGCCGCGGGCCAUGGCGGAUCCAAUCGAAGAGCUCACCUCGUCGGAAUUGGGGACUGCGGAAUACUGGAAAUCAGCUUACCAAAAAGAGCUACGGAACUUUGAGGAUCACGGCGAUGCAGGCGAAGUUUGGUUCGGAGAGCAGAUCGAACGUCGCAUCGUCAAAUAUCUAGCCCGCCAUUGCGACAAGAAAGCAGCGGUCGUCGACAUCGGUUGCGGGAACGGGCACUUAUUGGUCACACUGGCUGAUGAUGAAGGUUUCGAGAACCUCACUGGGAUCGACUACGUCGAAGAAGCGCUGUCUCUGGCCAGGAGGAUCGCUGCCGAUUCAGGGGUCGCUCCGAUGAUAACAUUCAUGCAGGGCGAUCUGUUGUCGACUGAGUGCAGCGGAGCCUUCGACGUCAUUGUGGAUAAAGGAACGUAUGACGCCAUCUGUCUCAUGCCGGGAAUGUGCGAUGGUGUGAGGAGGAAGUACAUCGAGUCGAUCAAGCGUUUGAUGAAUAAGCAAAACAGCGACUCGGUUCUCUUCUUGAUAACGUCAUGCAAUUGGACGAAGGACGAGCUCCUCGUUCAUUUCAGAGGAGACUUCGAACUGAUAUCGGAACUCCCUGCACCAACUUUUUCGUUCGGCGGCAGCACUGGCAGAACUGUCACAUCCCUUGUAUUCCGCAUCAAAUGAAGCUGGGGUCGGUCCCGGAACAUUCCAUCGAUGAAUGGAUCGUUUCCUCGAUGGGCUGCUUCGUGAGGAAAAUAAAAGACAGAAGUCGGAAAACUAA